AUGACACUGCUGUACUGCUCCCAAGCUGUCCUACUCGUCCACUUCACACAUGUGGCUCAAAGUAUCACAAAGUCCUUUGAAAUGGUCAACGCCAAGAUUGAGAUGGAAGUUACAAGCCCUGCCAGUGUUGACGGCUCUCAUGCAUGUUUCAUCAGAACUAAUGAAGGAGCUUGGAUCUUGCUUCACAUCUGCUACGUAAUCCUCUUGUUAAACUCCAGCACGGUCGUGACCAACCAGGCUGAUGAGACAGGACAGACUAUCUGCAAGUUGAUCAACAAGGACUUGGACCCAAAUUUGAGAAAACAGCUUGAAGGGUUUCUCCUGCAGUUGCCUCACCAUAAUGCAAGAUUCUCUACUCGUGGAUAUUUCCCGCUCAACAACGAGACCCUCACAGCAAUGGCUGGAGCGGUGACAACUUACCUGGUGAUAUUGAUCCAGUUCCAGACUGAACCAUCAUCUACCUAG